UGCUGGAAAAAUGGAAGUAACUAUGAAAUAAACAAUAGUAAGUAAAACGCUCUAGUCCUCAUUUGUACCCACUCUUUUGGCAGACCAAGGCAUUAAACACAGACUGCUUGUAUCUAUGGAAACAUGUCAAAGAAAAGGGCCAGGAAGCGUAGCAGCGAGGAGCUCAGCGGCACCCCUCCCCCAUCUCUGCUCCCAGACCCCAGCAGCCUCCUGGGUCGGAGGAUCCAACACAACUGGAGGGAGAAGGGCAACAUGACCCGCUGGAAAGGCACCGUCCUGGAACGCCUGUCCGUCAACGCUUCCCUUUUCAUGGUCAAGUACGACGGCUUUGACUGUGUGUACGGCAUCGAGCUGUUCAAGGACGAGCGCGUGUCCAACCUGCAGGUGCUGACGGAGAAAGUGGUCAACAACAGGAUCAAGCCCCCGCCCGGGGCGGAGGAGCUGGUGGGGAAGGCGGUGGAGCACCUGUUUGAGAAGGAGGAGGGAGGGAAGAACGAGUGGAGGGGGAUGGUUCUGUCUCGAGCCCCCAUCAUGACCCACUGGUACUACAUCACCUACGAGAAGGACCCCGUGCUCUACAUGUACCAGCUGUGGAACGACUACAAGGACGGAGACCUGCGCGUGCUGCCCGAGGCCGAACACAAACACCUGCUCCCAGCAGACAAGGCCCCCGGGGAGGAGACGGAGAGCCUGGUGGGGAAGCAGGUGGAGUACGUGACGGAGCAGGGGGAGAAGAGGACAGGCCUGGUCAUCUACCAGGUCCCAGCCAAGCCCUCCGUCUACUACAUCAAAUACGACGACGACUUCCACAUCCACGUCUACGACCUGGUCAAAACCACCUAGACGCUGCUGGCUUCUCUUCUUCCUCCUCCUCUUCCUCCUCCUGUUCGUCCUUGACAGGACCACCUGUACAAGGUGGACCCUGAAGCUCCUCCUCCUCUUCCUCCUGGUCAAGGCACAACUCACUCUCCCUCAUCUUCUCCCUCCUCAUCUUCUCCCUUCAUU